AUGACUAGGUCCACCGACGAUACAGGUUCCAAGGAACUAUGGCGACACUCGAGCCCUUGCAGUACCCAGAUCUACGACUUCAUACAAUCCGCCAAUGCCAAGCAUAGCCUGUCCAUGUCCACUUACAACGAUCUCUGGCAGUGGAGUGUAUCUGAGCCCGCCAAGUUCUGGGAAGAUGUCUGGAAAUAUACAUCUAUCCAAGCUCACAAGUCAUAUGACCGUGUCCUGCGUUCGGACAAACUGCUUUUCCCUCGUCCCAACUUCUUUGAGGGAACUCGGCUGAAUUUCGCUGAGAACCUCUUGUAUCCGUCUACGUCUCCUGAUGAGAACGCGGUUGCCGUAAUCGCUGCCACGGAAGCGGAUCGGGAAUUUGUGACAUGGAAGGAACUGCGUGACCGGGUACGCAGAUGUGCGAACUCGCUGAAAGUCUCGGGUCUGCAAGAAGGAGACCGGGUAGCAGGCUUUCUUGGUAAUCAUACCAACACCGUUGUGGCGAUGCUGGCAACGGCAUCAAUUGGCGCAUUCUGGACUGGCGUCUCGCCUGACACUGGCGUACAUGCAGUGCUAGAACGUCUGAAGCAAAUAGAGCCGAAGAUCUUGUUCGCUGACAAUGCAUCUCUAUACAACGGGAAGGUGCACGGAACUGAUGCUAAAUUGCGUGAUAUCGUGCCGGGACUGCCGAACCUGGAGCUUCUCGUCAUAUUCGAGACAAUCCAGUCCUACAAACUGGACCCUCAAUUUCUGAUCCCACUACGUGGAAAGGUUCUCACCUACAAUUCAUUUCUUUCUACAGCUAGCAAUCCUUCCGCCCCUCUGGAAUUUGCAAGUCUAGGACCCGAACACCCUGUCUACAUAUUGUAUUCCUCGGGUACCACGGGGGCACCGAAGCCGAUUGUCCAUGGUGCGCUGGGAACGCUGCUGCAACAUAAAAAGGAACAUGUGCUUCACUGUGAUGUUCGUCCCGGAGACCGCCUGUUCUACUUCACGACGACGACUUGGAUGAUGUGGCAUUGGCUUGUUUCCGGUCUUGCCAGUGGCGCUACCAUUGUGCUCUAUGACGGUUCCCCUUUUCGGCCAUUCGACCCGGAAGGUGGGAAGGGUGAAAUGGCAAUGCCACGCCUGAUCGAUGAACUGCAAAUAACGCACUUUGGAACUUCUGCCAAAUACCUAUCCAUGUUAGAGCAGGCUUCCCUACAUCCAACAAGUCACCCUCACCGUCCAGUAAGCUUGAAAACACUGAAAGCAAUUUUCAGUACUGGUUCUCCUCUGGCGCCGUCUACAUUCGAGUACGUUUACUCGUCUAUCAAGGCUGACCUCAUGUUGGGUUCUAUCACCGGCGGGACCGAUAUCUUGUCGCUAUUCUGCGGCAGUUGUCCCAUCCUACCAGUCUACAAGGGAGAGAUUCAAUGCCGUUGCUUGGGAAUGGCCGUUUCUGUCUACGAUUACGCUGGAAAUGACGUCUCUACUUCCGGUGAGGCCGGCGAUCUGGUGUGUACGAAGCCGUUUCCUGCGCAGCCCGUUAUGUUCUGGCCUCCCGGUCCGACUGGGGCGGAGAAAUACCGCAAAAGUUACUUCGACGUCUUCGGGCCGACGAUCUGGCACCACGGUGAUUUCGUGCGUCUGGAACCCCACACUGGGGGUGUAGUAAUGCUAGGACGCAGUGACGGAGUUCUGAAGCCAGCCGGCGUUCGGUUCGGUAGCGCAGAGAUAUACAAUGUUCUUCUGAAACAUUUUGCAGAUGAAGUCGAAGAUUCUCUGUGUAUCGGACGUCGGCGGGAUGGAAUUGACACGGAUGAAACAGUCGUCCUUUUUGUGAAGCUGGCAUCGCAAGGUGACGCUCCAACGACCAUGCCGCCCGACCUCGCAACUCGCAUUCAAGCGACCAUUCGCAAAGAGCUCAGCCCUCGCCAUGUCCCUGGAAUUGUGGACGUCUGUCCCGAGAUACCGGUGACAUCCAACGGCAAGAAAGUUGAAAGCGCCGUGAAGCAGAUCCUGUGCGGUCUCAACAUCAAGAUUGGUGCCAGUGUGGCCAAUGCCUCGUGCCUUGACUGGUACCGCGCUUGGGCUGCGGCGCACUCAUAG